AUGGCAACAGAAUGUAUAAAAAACUGCUGUAAAUGGUGUUUCUGCAUGGAAAAAGAAAAAAAUUAUCCAGUUUCCAUGGUGCAGGAAUCUGAAGCAGUAGCCGCAAGCAAGCCAACUAUUGUAGAGAAGCCUCCAUUGUCUUCUGUGUCAGUGAAGCGUCAAGUUGGGUGUUCAGAGGACUAUCUGCUUUCUAAACUACCCCUGGAUGGUCAGGAGGUACCAUUUGUGGUCCCUCCAUUCAAAUUGGCUUAUGUACAGCCGAAGAACCUUCCUAGUAUCUCACAUGCUGGAGGGAUUCAAGAAUCUGCCAGAGCCUCAUUUGGUGACCGGAAAGCAGAACUGCACAGCGUGUACCAAUGGCCCCGCUAUGACGUGUACAACCCAUUCUAUUUGGAGCAUCGCAUUUCGCCAGAUCUGAUUAGGCGCUUCCAAGCAAGAUCAGAUAAUAGGAAAUUAUAUGGAUCAGUUAGUGAUUUAAGACCUAGUGCUUUGCCUGGAUCAUUUGAUGUAAGUCGUUCAAUGUUUGAUCUCAGAAGCCCGCCUCAUCGAUUCAUGAAGAGAUAUGAUUCAUUCUCCAGUGUACCUAGCAGUACCUCUUCCAGAAAGGAUUCACAAGGCAGCAACAGGAGUCUGGAUACUGUUACAUUAUCAGGUGAUGAACGAGACUUUGGAAGACUGAAUGUGAAGUUGUGUUAUGUUUCUUCUGUAGAACAGAUUUGGAUCACAGUUUUACAUUGCAAAGACCUGAGCUGGCCUUCUAGCUGCGGGGAAAAUCCUCGUAUCUAUGUCAAGGGAAUUCUCACACUGCCCAAACCUGUGCAGUUCAAAUCUUCUGCCAAGGAAGGGUGCAAUGACAUUGAAUUUAUGGAAACUUUUGUAUUUGCUAUUAAACUGCAAAGUCUGCAGGCUGUCAGAUUGGUAUUUAAAAUCCAGACACAGACUCCCAGGAAAAAAACAAUUGGAGAGUGCUCCUUGGCACUGCGGGAGCUCAGCUCGGAGGAGUCAAGUCAUUGGCUGGAUAUAUCUCCUCCUUCCAAAGCACCUGUGUGCCGCGCAGAACUUCAAGUAGGAACUUGUUUUCAAGCAAUAAACAGGAGGAUUCAGUUACAGAUUCUUGAAGCACAAAACCUUCCAGUUUCAUCUACACCGCUGUCUUCAAAUUUCUUUGUGAAAGUUGGAAUGUUUAGUACAGAAGGGCUGAUGUAUAAGAAGAAGACUCGUCUUCUGAAGUCCACUAAUGGCCAAGUGAAGUGGGGAGAAAUGAUGAUUUUUCCAGUUAGCCAAGGUGAACAAGGAAUUAGCUUCCUCAUCAAGCUCUACAGCAGAAGCUCAGUGAGAAGAAAACACUUCCUAGGACAGAUCUGGAUAAGUUCUGAUAGCAGUAACAGUGAAGCAGUAGAGCAGUGGAAAGAUACUAUUGCCAACCCUGAGAAAGUUGUUCUUAAAUGGUACAGCAUUGGUCCAUCUUGAAGACUGGAGAUGAAACUCAGGACUGAUUUUUCUACAAAGAUACUCCUAUGCUGUUUAAAAUA